AUGGCGCAAGCCCCGCCUCCUUUCGGCCGGAAGUCCUCAGCACCAUGGGAUCGAUUGCGGCCAGUGAAACAGGAUCCCCUGGAGAGUAUGGGGUUUGUGUCUAAGGGCGAUAAUCGGCUUCUCGAUCCCAAAGCACAGGAGAAUUUCUACAACAAAAUUGUUGCUCGGUAUAUGCAGUUUUGCACCCGGCAUUCCAAGGAUCUCGACAAUGCAUUUGGUUCACUUUCACUUGAGGACUCACAAGGACCUUCUUCGGAACCAGCGAGAAAGCCUCCCGGCCAGCCCCUCGGAAAUGACCAGAAGCGUCCUAUUCCUUCACCAACGGGACAGAAGAUCCCAGCGAGCGGUCAGGCAGGCGAUGUCUCUGGCCCGUCACCGUCGAGCGAGCUGUCUACUAUCCUGCUAGCGCUCCGAAAAUUACGAGAAGGGCUUCUGGCAAGCCCAGCAACAGCACGAUCCCCAGUCUUUUCUCAGCGUGUUCAUGUGUUCAAUAUCAGAGCAGCGAUCCUGGCUCAUCAUCCACCUGGAUAUCACCCUUCACUCUUGCAUCUGCUGUUCGUGCUGCAUACCCCUGCGCACCCCCUUCCGCGAUCCGAAUUGGUCGAGAUGACCACUUAUCUCAUCCUAGAUACCGCCCUUCGACAGAAUGAUCUAGGCAAGGCUUACUCUCUAAGAUACAACAGCCGGCUGAAAUUCGGAUACCAUAGCAGGACCGUUGACAGCAUACUGAGAUCCGUUGUCCGGGGCGACUGGGUCGGCUUUUGGCACGUGCGGCAGAAGGUCGAUGGCUAUGUGCGAGCACUUCUAUACUGGUUCCUCGAAACCCAGCGCAAACAAGCUCUCAAAGCAAUCGGGCGAGCAUACUAUACCUGCGACAUCAACUGGAUCCUCCAAAGCGCCACUGGAGGCGAACUCAGCUGGGAGGAACUCGUCAAAACAGAAGAUGUGGGCUGGGUACGAGACGGUGACAGGGCAAUCAUCCGAAAGCCGAAGUCCAAGCCCGCUAAGUGA